UCCGCUGUCAUCCCCUGAGCGCCUGUGUGUGUGUUGGCGGGAGAUUCCAGCAUGGCCGUGCAGCCCAAAGAGAAGCUGUCUAUGGACAGCGGGAUGGAGAGCGGAUUCAUCCACUUCUACAACUCCAUGCCCGACAAGCCGGAGACCACGGUGCGGGUGUUCGACCGGAACGAGUAUUACACGGUGCACGGCAAGGAUGCGGUGUUUGCCGCCAGAGAGGUCUUUAAAACCAAUGGGGUCAUCAAAUAUCUGGGAUCAGGUAGCAAGAAACUGGAAGGUGUUGUGCUCAGUAAAAUGAACUUUGAGUCUGUUGUGAAGGAUCUUCUUCUGGUUCGUCAGUAUCGUGUAGAAGUGUACAAAAAUAAGUCUGGAAGCAAAUCGUCAAAGGACAAUGACUGGCAAUUGGCUUAUAAGGCGUCCCCAGGUAACCUUACCCAGUUUGAAGAGAUUCUGUUUGGUAACAAUAACAUGUCUACAGCAAUUGGAGUUGUAGGUGUCAAACUGGUCACUGUUGAUGGGCAAAGACUAGUUGGCGUUGGGUAUGUGGACUCCACCCUGAGAAAGCUUGGAGUCUGUGAGUUUCCAGACAACGAUCAGUUCUCUAAUCUGGAAGCUUUGCUGGUCCAAAUUGGGCCUAAGGAAUGUGUGAUGCCUGGAGGAGAGACUGCUGGUGACAUGGGGAAAGUACGACAGAUUGUUCAGAGAGGCGGUGUUUUGAUUACAGACCGAAAAAAAGCAGACUUCACUACAAAAGACAGUGUACAGGAUCUGAACCGUUUGCUCAAAGCAAAAAAAGGAGAGCAAGUUACCAGCGCUGCUUUACCGGAAAUGGAGAAGCAGGUUGCCAUUUCCUCCUUGUCUGCAGUCAUAAAGUAUUUAGAGCUGUUAUCUGAUGAGUCCAACUUUGGGCAGUUCCAACUGACCAGUUUUGAUCUAAGCCAGUACAUGAAGCUGGACAAUGCUGCUGUUGGUGCAUUAAACCUGUUCCCGAGUUCUGUAGAAGAUACCAGUGGAACGCAGUCUUUGGCCGGGCUAUUAAAUAAAUGCAAAACUCCUCAAGGUCAAAGACUGGUGAACCAGUGGAUCAAACAACCUCUUAUGGACAAAAACAGGAUUGAGGAAAGAUUAAACCUGGUGGAAGCAUUUGUGACAGAUGCUGAAUUGCGGCAGUCUCUUCAGGAGGACCUAUUGCGCCGAUUCCCGGAUUUUAAUCGUCUAGGAAAGAAAUUCCAGAGACAGACUGCGAACCUGCAGGACUGCUACCGACUGUACCAGGCUGUUAACCAACUGUCUAGUGUCGUUCAAGCAAUAGAGAGAUAUGAAGGGUCCCACCAAAUGCUUCUGUUGGCGAUCUUUGUUACUCCCCUUUCCGAUCUAUCUACUGACUUUGCAAAAUUUCAAGAAAUGAUUGAAACUACUCUGGACAUGGACCAGGUGGAAAAUCAUGAAUUUCUUGUGAAGGCGUCUUUUGAUCCUAACCUGACAGAGCUGAGAGAAAAGAUGGAUGAACUUGAAAAGAAUAUGCAGUCAGCUCUAAAUAGCGCAGCAAGAGAGCUUGGCCUAGAUGCUGGUAAAAGCAUAAAACUGGAAUCCAAUGCUCAGCUUGGGCACUACUUCCGCGUUACGUGCAAGGAGGAAAAAUCCCUACGUAACAACAAGAAGUUUACAACAAUUGAUAUCCAGAAAAAUGGAGUGAGAUUUACUAACAGUAAAUUAAGCUCCUUUAAUGAUGAAUACAUAAAACAUAAGGAGGAAUAUGAAGAAGCCCAGCAUGCAAUUGUUAAAGAAAUCAUUAACAUCUCUUCUGGAUAUGUUGAUCCAAUUCAGACAUUGAAUGAUGUCAUUGCUCAUCUUGAUGCGGUUGUCAGCUUUGCAUACAUUUCUAAUUGCGCACCAGUACCAUAUGUUCGCCCCAUCAUCUUGGAGAAAGGACAGGGAAGAAUCGUACUCAAGUCUGCCAGACACCCAUGCAUCGAAGUGCAAGAUGAAGUUGCUUUCAUCCCCAAUGAUAUUACAUUUGAAAAGGAGAAGCAGAUGUUUCAUAUUAUCACAGGUCCAAAUAUGGGCGGUAAAUCCACCUACAUCCGGCAGACCGGUGUGAUUGUGCUUAUGGCACAGAUCGGCUGCUUUGUACCAUGUGACUCUGCCGAGGUUAGCAUAGUGGACUGCAUUCUCGCUCGCGUUGGGGCUGGAGAUAGUCAACUGAAGGGAGUGUCAACUUUUAUGGCUGAGAUGUUAGAAACUGCUUCCAUUCUCAGAUCAGCUUCUGAAAACUCACUGAUUAUAAUUGAUGAACUGGGAAGAGGGACUUCCACUUAUGAUGGUUUUGGACUGGCAUGGGCGAUAUCUGAAUAUAUCUCCACAAAAAUUGGUCCAUUCUGUAUGUUUGCCACACAUUUCCAUGAAUUAACAGCACUCGCUGAUCAAGUUCCAACAGUAAACAACCUGCACGUCACAGCACUUACAACAGAUGAGACCCUAACCAUGCUGUAUCGCAUUAAAACAGGUGUCUGUGACCAGAGCUUUGGAAUUCAUGUGGCAGAACUUGCUAACUUUCCUAAACACGUCAUUGAGAAUGCCAGAGUCAAAGCACUGGAGUUAGAAGAAUUCCAGUAUAUCAAAUAUCCAGACGAAUGUGAAGAACCCAGCAGCAAGAGACAGUGCACGGAAAAGGAGGAAGGUGAAAAUAUCAUCCAAGAUUUCUUAGCAAAAGUGAAAGCUUUGCCCCUUACUGGAAUGUCUGAAGAAGAAAUUAGAUCGAGACUGAUGCAGUUAAAAGCUGACAUUUUGUCCAAGAAUAAUAGUUUUGUAAAUGAAGUCAUUUCUCGAACAAAGACAAUGUCCUGAACACCUUCAAUAUGCUUCCCUGAUCUGUAAUAACAGGUCACUCACCCAUUUGUACUACUCUAGAUUGUUGCUGUUUGCAUCUAUGCUGUAAAAAUAAACCUGAUGUUUUUUACUUUAUAGUUGGUAGUUUAUACUGUGCAUCCAGUAUUAUUAUAUAAUUAAAAUGCACGUUGUUUUUCCUGCCUGAGUGUGUGUAACCGUAUGUGAAUGCUGACAUCAAACUGCCAAAUUAUCAAACUUUUCCAUGUGAUUUUUCAGACACAAGCAAUGCUUUA